UCGAUGGCAACCUGAAGGAAACAUCGGAGCGACUGUUCUCUGCCACUAUUGCACAAAGACACUACUGGUGCUGUGAUGUUUCGAUACAUGGUAGGAAAUACAAAAGAUGAUUGAUUGAUCCAACAGCAGCCAUCCAAAAGAACCACAAUACUUCGACAGUGACAGAACGACGGUAGAGUCAAAUGCACAAUGUCCUCUCACGAUCACUAUCAUGAUCAUGAUCAUGACCACGGUCAUGGCCAUGGUGGUGGUCACGAACACGAUCAUUCUCACGACCUCGAGCCGGCCCUGCAAUCGAACCUCUACAAACAAAUCAACUUCGAAGGCGUCAUUACCCUCAAUGAGGCGGAACCGCGCUCGGGAGCGGCGAUUGUGCAAAAGAGCUGGGAUGAGCGACUCAAUGAUCAGCCCAUCCUCGAAAGUGAUGCAGACGAACAGCUGCUGAUGCAUGUGCCGUUUGCUGGAUCAUGCAAGCUCUACUCCAUCAUUAUCCGCACAUCAGACACCGACUCGGCGCCGCAGACCCUCAAACUCUUCCGUAAUAGAGACGACAUGGACUUUAACCUCGCAUCCGACCUGAAACCGACGCAGAAGCUGACCCUUCCCAAAAGCAAUGACGUGGCCGAGAUUCCCUUGAACCGGGCUCUUUGGAACGGCACAACCUCAAUCAACCUCUUCUUCGAGGACAACCAUUCGGGUGGGGAGGAGGACGUCACUCGCAUCAGCUACUUGGGGUUCAAGGGGGACUUCAUGGCACUCAACCGGGAACCGGUUCAUGUACUGUACGAAGCGGCGGCAAAUCCCCAAGAUCAUAAGUUGAUUCAGGGGUUGAUCAACACCAACCAGUCCAUGCCGGGUCAGUGAGAGCAUCGGCGAGGCUUCAAAAGCACUCCAGGGAUCCCAAAAGCAUUUCGUAAUAGACGCUAAAAUGCAUCAUAAGUGUACUACCAUUAACCGCAAUCAUCAAAGUGUGUUUCUGAAUCA